GAACUCUGAAAGUUGCAAUCACUUGAUUACAAGCUUGCAACGUCUUUUGAGCCUCUGAACGUACUCAUGAUCGUUCAUCAACUCUCAAGAUGAGCACCACCGUUACCGCUUCCCAGAUAGAAGAGGUGCUAGGCGACUACAAGAUCCAUCUCACAGGCUACGACGGCAGCACAGAACCAUCGUCGACACAAGAGACACCGAGAGUCGUCAAUCCUCCAAACUGGCCAACGGAUCAUCGUCGAGUACCUGACUAUAGGCCGAUUGAUAGAAAUCGAGAUGCUGAGGGAAGACCAAAUGGAAGCAUUUUGCCCGAGCGGAUCUUCUUGACAUUGAUGUUCACUGGCGUUGUGUUGAAUGCUAGUACUGCGAAACUUUGGGGAGCGACUGCUGGGCCUUAUUUUCCCGGGUUGUUCAGAUAUGCCAUAGGAGGAGAAUGGUGAUGAGGAAGAGUUGUUGGAUGGAAAGGAGCCGACUGUGGCAAACAUUGCUUGGCGGCGAGCUAGCCUCAAAGCACAGAUCUACUCUACGCCAUCUUAUGUACAAAAACCAUCUUCUCCUAAGAGAGUCUCAUCAAAAUUGCAAAUAUCAACAAUCAAUUACUUCGUG